AUGGACAAAAGUUGGAUGAAUGACCCCGUUAGGCUUGUAUCACCUGCAUACGCCGAAGGCGUUAAAUAUUUCCUCGCACAAGCACGAAACCAUGCAAGUGGAAGGGAUCGCAUCCGGUGUCCAUGUCGUGCAUGCCUUAACAAUCUGUGGCUGCCUAUAUUUAAGGUGGAAACUCAUUUGUUUAUGAAAGGGAUCAACCCAAAUUACACGCAGUGGAUAUUUCAUGGGGAGGAGGAUACAACAUGGAACAUGAGUGAUGAAGAUAUUGAUGAUGAUAUCAACCAAGAAGACGAUUACAUAGAUGACAUGCAGGAUAUGUUGGAUGACAUCCGGGCAGGCACCUUCGAUGAUGCGCCCCAAGAUAGCACUCCUGCGGCAAACAGGCCACGAGAGACGGUAGAUUCAUUAUCUUUCCAGCAACUACUAGAGGAUGCCCGACGUCCGUUAUUUGAUGGGUGUACAAAAUUUUCAAAACUGUCAUUCGUGGUCAAGUUGUUACACAUCAAAUCAAUCGGUGGGUGGUCAAUUAAUUCAUUUGACAUUCUACUUGAUUUGUUGAGGUCUGCCUUUCCUGAUGCCCUAUUGCCACAAUCAUAUGAGGAGUCAAGGUCGUUGGAGCGCGGUUUGGGCUUCAAAUACCACAAAAUCCAUGCGUGCCCCAACGACUGCAUCUUAUUUUGGAAGGAAAAUGCAGCUCUUAAUAAAUGCCCUGUAUGUAAGGCUUCGAGGUGGAUACCAAAUACACACGGACAGCGCGCGGUACCUCAAAAAGUGUUGCGUCACUUUCCUUUGAAACCGAGAUUGCAGCGUCUCUUCAUGUCUGCAAAGAUAGCAAGUGAUAUGCGAUGGCAAAAAGAGCAACAGACGAAAGAAGAUAGUUGUAUGAGACAUCCGGCCGACUCUGAGUGCUGGAAGAAAUUUGAUGAAGAUCAUGACUGGUUCGCUUCAGAUCCUCGCAAUGUUAGGCUCGGUCUGGCAAGUGAUGGCUUCACUCCAUUCAACAACUUGGCUAAACCUCAUAGCAUUUGGCCAGUGAUCCUUGUCCCCUAUAACUUGCCGCCGUGGUCAUGCAUGAAAGACCAAUUCUUCAUAACAUCUCUGAUUAUUCCUGGUCCAAGGUCACCAGGGAAUGAGAUUGAUGUAUACUUGCAGCCGUUGAUCGAUGAACUGCUUGAAUUUUGGGUAGAUGGGGUACCUACAUAUGAUGCCUCAACUAAGGAGACGUUUAUGUUGCAUGCUGCCUUAUUGUGGACAAUCAACGAUUUUCCUGCCUACGGGAAUCUGUCUGGCUGGUCAACAAAGGGAAAAUUGGCUUGUCCGUCUUGCAAUGCAGACACAGACUCUAAUUGGUUGAAAUAUGGCCGAAAACAUUGUUACAUGGGACAUUGUCGUUUCUUACCCCCAGAUCACAUAUGGAGAAGGAAGAAAUAG